GCUCCAGAACAUCAUGACUCAUGAUACUGCACACCUCUGAUUGGUCAUCCCAGCAGAGGUCAGAAGAGCCAUGGGGAACCACACCACUGUCACUGAGUUUGUCCUGCUGGGGCUCUCAGAUGCCUGUGAGCUGCAGAUGCUCAUCUUCCUGGGGCUCCUCCUGACCUACCUCCUCACUCUACUGGGGAAUCUCCUCAUCGUGGUUAUCACCCUCAUGGACAGGCGCCUCCACACCCCCAUGUACUACUUCCUUCGCAACUUUGCUGUCUUGGAAGUCUGGCUAACCUCUGUCAUCUUCCCCAAGAUGCUGACCAACACCCUGACUGGAUACAAGACCAUCUCCCUCUCAGGUUGCUUUCUCCAGCUUUUUCUCUAUUUCUCGCUGGGCACCACAGAGUUCUUCCUCCUGGCAGUGAUGUCCUUUGACAGGUAUGUGGCCAUAUGCAAUCCCUUGCGUUAUGCCACCAUCAUGAGCAACAGGGUCUGUGUCCAAUUGGUUCUUUCUUCAUGGACAAUAGGAUUCCUUCUCAUGAUGAUUCCAACUUUCAUGGCAGUUCAGCUGCCAUUCUGUGGCCCCAAUGUCAUUAACCAUUUCUUCUGUGACAGCUUUCCACUCCUGGAACUCAUAUGUGCAGACACAAGUCUGAUAGAGCUUCUGAGUCUUAUUGCGGCCAAUUUCAGCUUACUGGGCACUCUGUCUGUGACAGCCACCUGCUAUGGCCACAUAUUCUACACCAUCCUGCGCAUCCCCUCAGCCAAGGAGAGACAGAAAGCCUUCUCAACAUGCUCUUCUCACAUCAUUGUUGUGUCUCUCUUCUAUGGCAGUUGCAUCUUCAUGUAUAUCCGGUCGGGCAAGGGUGGUGAGGGGGAGGACAGGAACAAGGUGGUGGCCUUACUCAAUACUGUAGUGACCCCAAUGAUUAACCCCUUCAUUUACACUCUGAGGAACAAACAGGUGAAGCAGGUGUUUAGUGACAAAAUGAGCAAGCUCCUCUUAAAAAGAUGAGCUGGACCCAUGGAACAGGGAAAAUUAUCUGCCUCUGUAAAUGCAGUUCCUGUCUGAUCUCCAUGAACUAUCCCCUCCUAGACAGUCUCUUACCGUGUGCUCUAAUCUACAAUACUUUCUCACAUGUUUCAUUAGUGACUCAUGUUAUCUUGUCAGAGUACAGAAAAGCCAGUUUACCAUUACUAUGUCUCCUAUGUCUUAACGUUUCUGAGGCUGGCCUUUGAAUUUCUCAAUCUUCCCUCAUUUUUUAUUUUUUUUUAUUUAUU